AGCGUCGAUCGCCCUUGUGUGCCUCCGUUAUUCUUUCAAUGCGCGGUCUUGCAUGGGUGCAAAAUAGCAAUCCACGCGCCCGGUAAAAAAAAAAGGGGGGGCAUGCUCUAUAAACGACAGCUCAAAGAGACCAGAAGCGUUAACAACUACAGGUGAAGGUGUAAUUGGGGAGCGCAACUGAUGCAAAAGAUGCAUCAUCCCAGCUAAAAUCAGACAAAGGGCGAACGUCGAAGUCAGGAAUGUUUAAAGAGCUUCGGAAUUGUUCCUCCCCGCACACGCGCCGGCUGCUUUUCGCCAAAGGCUCCCCUACGCCUGUUUUGUGGGUGGGGAGCCGCAUUCCGCCGAGCGCCCGCGUUAACUCUGCAUAGGUUAGUUGCCAUCAGCGCGGAGUGGGGUUGCCAUUGCCAGCCCCUUGAGCCCUCUCGCUCCCGCCUUCCCUUCCCCUCUCUCCGUCGUCUCCACCUCCUCCUCCCCUUCGGGUGGAAAAAGGGUUGAAGCGUUUCUGAUAGGAGCCUGGGCUAGCAAGGAGAGGGGGAGACUGGAAGGCUCCAGUGGAAACUCCGAGGCGGCUGCAGAUUGCAGGGGAUCCUGCUUGCUUUGCUGUGGGGGGUUCCUGGACGGUUGGAGAGGCGUCCAAGAUCGUGGGACUUCUGCGGAGUGGUGCUUUUUUUCCCGGUGGGAUCUUCUACACUCUGUUGUAUCCGGAACGGGCAAGAUCAUGAGCGUGUGAAUGGCUGCACCGCCGCCGUCCAGCACGCAUCACAAAAGGGUUGUAACAGGAUUGCAACAGAGCAUGGAUCUCAAAAUGACAAACCAGUGAUGCAAACACAGUGUCCUCCAGGGGACAACCUUGGAUGCUAAAUCUGCAGUACACAUUCAGCCAUGGUUGGUUCAACACUGAAAGCUGUUCCAUUGUCAUUGCCGAGCCUCUUCCUUCUCACUUUUCACCUCUCUGCAUCGCAGAAUAUUUUUGACUACUCUGAAGAUGAACAACAGUGUUCGAGAAAAGAGCACCCUGUGAUUUCUUUUGAAGAUCUGAAGCCCUGGGUGUCAAAUUUCACUUAUCCUGGUGUGUGGGACUUUUCUCAGCUUGCUCUGGAUGCCAACAGGAAUCAGCUCAUUGUAGGGGCCAGGAACUACCUCUUCAGACUUAGUCUGCGCAACGUUUCUCUUAUUCAGGCAACAGAAUGGGGGUCUGAUGAAGACACAAGAAGAUCUUGUCAGAGUAAAGGAAAAACAGAGGAGGAAUGCCAGAACUAUGUUCGUGUCUUGAUUGUGUAUGGCAAGAAGGUUUUCACAUGUGGUACCAAUGCCUUUUCACCAGUGUGUUCCAGCAGACAGGUAGGAAAUCUUAGCAAAAUAAUUGAGAAAAUAAAUGGGGUCGCUCGCUGCCCUUAUGACCCCCGGCACAAUUCAACAGCCGUGAUCACAUCACAGGGAGAGCUUUAUGCUGCGACUGUCAUUGAUUUCUCUGGACGGGAUCCUGCUAUUUACCGCAGUCUUGGAAAUGUCCCACCUCUUAGGACAGCUCAGUAUAACUCCAAGUGGCUUAAUGAGCCCAAUUUCAUCGCUGCCUAUGACAUUGGUUUGUUCACUUACUUCUUUUUCCGUGAGAAUGCUGUUGAGCACGACUGUGGGAAAACCGUCUAUUCUCGUGUGGCGAGGGUUUGCAAAAAUGACAUUGGGGGAAGAUUUUUGUUGGAGGACACAUGGACAACAUUCAUGAAGGCUCGGCUGAAUUGCUCGCGCUCUGGGGAAAUCCCUUUUUACUACAAUGAACUGCAGAGCACUUUUUAUCUUCCUGAGCAAGAUUUGAUCUAUGGAGUAUUCACUACCAAUGUAAACAGUAUUGCUGCCUCAGCAGUAUGUGCCUUCAAUCUCAGUGCUAUUACGCAAGCCUUUAAUGGGCCUUUCCGAUAUCAAGAAAAUCCAAGAUCCGCAUGGCUGCCAACAAUCAACCCCAUCUCCAAUUUCCAGUGUGGAACGAUGAAUGAUGAUAGCCCCAAUGAAAACUUGACAGAAAGGAUCUUACAGGAUGCCCAGCGCUUGUUCCUGAUGAAUGAUGUGGUGCAGCCUGUCUCUGUGGAUCCGUAUGUCACUCAGGACAACAUCCGUUUUUCUAAGCUCGUUGUUGACAUUGUUCAGGGCAAGGACGUUCUUUACCAUGUGAUGUACAUCGGGACAGAGCAUGGCACCAUUUUGAAGGCGCUUUCCACCACUAACAAGAGCCUGCGGAGCUGUUACUUAGAGGAAAUGCAGAUUCUUCCCACCAGCCAAAAGGAGCCAAUCCAGAGCCUGCAGAUUCUGCACAGUGACAGAUCACUGUUUGUGGGCUUGAAUAAUGGAGUGCUAAAAAUUCCUCUGGAGAGGUGUUCAAUGUACAGAACAGAAGGCGAGUGCCUGGGCGCAAGAGAUCCCUAUUGUGGCUGGGAUAAGAAGCAGAAGCGAUGCACAACUAUUGAGGACAGCUCCAACAUGAGCCUGUGGACUCAGAAUAUUACUGAGUGCCCGGUGAAAAAUCUGAUGAUGGAUGGGCAUUUGGGGGCCUGGUCCCCAUGGCAACCAUGUGAGCACUCAGAUGGAGACAGCACAGGCUCUUGCAUGUGCAGAUCACGGUCAUGUGACAACCCUCGGCCUCGCUGUGGUGGACGCGACUGCGAAGGAGGCAGAAUAGAGAUUGCCAAUUGUUCAAGGAAUGGAGCUUGGACACCAUGGUCGUCCUGGGCCCCCUGCAGCACUUCCUGUGGGAUUGGCUUUCAGGUCCGUCAGAGGUCGUGCAGCAACCCUGCUCCGCGAUACGGAGGCAGGGUCUGUGUCGGACAAAGCAGAGAGGAGCGGUUCUGCAAUGAGAACAGUCCUUGCCCAUUACCCAUUUUCUGGUCUUCAUGGGGCCCUUGGACUAAAUGUAGUGCCAAUUGUGGUGGAGGGGUGCACUCAAGGCAGAGGUCAUGUGAAAAUGGAAACACCUGUCCUGGCUGUGCUGUGGAAUAUAAAACCUGUAGCCCAGAGGCCUGCCCAGAAGUACGAAGGAAUACGCCCUGGACCCCCUGGAUGCCCACCAAUAUUACCCAGAGUGGUGCCCGCCAGGAGCAACGCUUCCGCUACACCUGCCGUGCUCAGCUUUCUGACCCUCACGAUCUCCAGUUUGGCAGAAAGAAGACAGAAAGUCGGUUCUGCCCAAACGAUGGCUCGGCCGUUUGCGACACUGAUUGUUUCAGCCUCAUCCAUCUGAUUGCGACAGGGGUCUCUUGUUUCUUUGGCUCCAGUCUUCUAACUUUUGUGAUCUACAUUUACUGCCAGCGCUGCCAGAGGCAGUCCCAGGAAUCUACUGUUAUUCACCCCACCACUCCCAACCAUCUCCAUUACAAAGGCAACACAACACCCAAGAAUGAGAAAUACACACCUAUGGAAUUCAAGACACUUAACAAGAAUAAUUUGAUACCGGAUGACAGAACCAACUUCUACCCUUUGCAACAAACAAAUGUGUACACAACAACCUAUUAUCCCAGUACACUGAAUAAAUAUGACUACAGGCCUGAGGCCUCCCCUGGAAGGACCUUUACUAACAGCUGAUGAUGGACAGAUUCUCCAGGAACUGGAUGGCUUCUUAUAUGAUUUUUAUUUUUUAAAAUUGAGUUUAUGGACCAAAUACUGGCCCAAUCUCUAGAUGUAAAUAUUAUACAGUGGGCCUUUUAUUUUAUCUUUUAUCAGUGGGCUUACUUUUGAGCAGCACAUCUCUUUAGGUUGUCCCACUGUUGAUGUACUGUCCUGACUAGGAAUUUUGAGAGGUCCACAGUUAGAGGUAGCACUUACUGCUAUGGAUAUUUAUGGAUGGCAGUUAUCCUUUUUGGAGGGUGCCAACGUUGUCCAGGAAUCAACCAAAAUGUGUUAUGUUUGUGGGAAAUGGUACAUGGCUACCCACCACUUUCUCAGAAAUUCAGUAGACAUCUAUAGACAAUACCACCAAUGCUUUGAUACACAUCGUUUGUAUGCCUAUAGAUUAAUGGGACCAUGAACAUUAUCCACAUGGCAAGCCUUAUGGAACCAUCAUGGUAAAAGAUUUUGGUUUUCCAGCUUUGGGGUUGAUCAUCGCAUCAUCAAAUUUUCCUGCAACACGGAGCAAUAUAUGCAACCUAUGGUGAAAACGAGUCUGGUGAGAUUUACAAAAGAAGCACUGGAAACAUUUCCAGUCAUCAUUUGGAGGAAAAAGAAACAAGAUGUUAACAUGGCUUUCCGGUGAAUGAGAUAUGGCUUUAUCCCACUGGGAAAAAAAUAGUGGGCAAAGAGCCAUCGAGUAUCCUGCUAGGAAACAAGAAACCCCCCACUCUCUUCUAAUUUUGAUUCCAGUAGCCUCUUAAGGAACUGUGAUAUGGGUGGUCCUAAUGUCUGUUGAAAUCACCAGGCUUUUGUGCAAAUGCCAAUUUUAUUUUUUAUAUUUUUUUAUUCACUUGAACAAAAAAAAGUUUGAAUUCACAGUAUAUCUCUAAAGAUUGUUUCCAUAAUAUAGCCUAACCCAGAAUGCCUGCUGCAGAUUCCGCUAGUGUCUUCCAGCCAGCACUCCAUGAAAGUACAAUGUGCACCAUCAAUAGCCAAUCUUCUACAGUUUCUGAGCAAAAAGAAAACAAAAGUGUGAUUAUGCUACAGUUGUUUACCUGCAGUCUGUAGCAUCAUUAAACAGUCAGUCCAGCCUUGAAAUGUAAUUCUGUGUGUAUGUGUGACUGUUAGACCAGUGCAGAAGCCAUGUCUACGGCCAGAUGAAUGUCUGACAUUGAUGUCUAGCAGGAAGUCUUAUCUGUCACCUGUGCUUUAAUAGAUAAUUUCAUCCAGUGUGUUUGGCCAUAUAAGCAAGUUUUCCACUGUCAUUCAGCGUUUAUUGGUGUGUGUAUAUAUAUACAUUUUAAUGAACUCCUGGUGCUAAGAGAAUGCCACUUUACAGAGCAUGUGAUAAAGAGUGUGAGCCAAUUGUGCAUGAAUGAAGAGCACUGCCAGAGCUUGGGAUUCUCUUUUGCAUCUUUCAGCAGUGACCAUCUCUGUUUCCAGAUGGCUUGGAAAACUAUCAAGCCAUUUCGUUUAAAGUUGGGGUUACUGUCCGGCAGUCAGUAACAGGUCCAUGGUUUCUGUUGUUUUGAAAACACCUUUUAGAGGAAUAAACUGAGACGUGGCAGAGUACAACACAUCCAUUUGUACAGCAGAAAAUGGGAACUGGUAAGCUGUUCUGUUGAUGAGCCAAACUGUCCACUUUUUUGAAAGGGAAGAAGAUCCAGUGAUGAUGUCAACAAACACAAGUCAUAAAGUCUACUAGUAAACAUUGGUGCCUAAAUUGUGACCAAUUUCAGUGGCCAUAGUAGGUUGAAUAGAAGCAUGGGCGUGAUUAUUCUGGAAUUAGAUUUGCUUCUCUAAUAUAUUUUUUUAGCUGACACUGAUUGAGAACUUACGUUGCUACAGACACAUAUGCAGAUCCCCAUCCCUCGCCAUACAGGGACACUGUUGUGUGUGUUCUAGAGCUUAAGUUUGUCAUGCUGGAGAGAAAAGUGAAUGCACAUCUUCUUUUUAACUCUUGAUGCAGGUACAUAUCAGAGUUCCCAUCAAUCCUUAGAUCAAGGAAACUGAUCCAAGCAUUGUGGAGAGUUUGUUGCAAAACUAAUUAAUUUUGCAACAGUUCCCAGAAGCAAGAAUAAACAAACUGUUCCAUUCAUUAUUUUUUCCAUUACUUUUUGCUUGUUUGGGUUUUGCCAUGUAAUAAGGUAGGUUGUUUUCCAACUUAUAAAAUGACUUGAUUUUCAUUUCUUAUUUUAUAUAUUCUUGUUCAUCCAGUGCCACUAAUCAAUUUAGAUGUUUUAAUCAGACUAGUCCAGUUCAUUUUUACCAGGCCCUGAAGAGGAAUAAUUAUACUGUCUCAAAAACUCUUACUUGCUGUCCCGUUUUCAGUGUGCAAGUUCCGCAUGACCAGAAAGCCAAGCAAAAGGAGUGUGAAGGCUUAUCCUUGUUGGUUUGCAUAGAGAGUACAAUUCUUUAAAGCAGACCUGAGAGAUGACUUACCUUUGGGCUGUCUAGCAUAUGGCAGGCUAAAGACCGACUUGUAUCCCUGGCCUUUAAGGUGACUGACUGCUUUGGUCAUCAUGCUUCUAAUGAACAUGGUGGAUUGGAAUGUUACUCUUGCUGGACCUUUUCAGUGGCUCAAAUCACCUAUUGUCCAGGCCAUUGCAAUGCAUUUGGUUCUGGUAUCAAUUUUCUGCUGGCUUUUUAGAACAGAAACCAAGCUUAUGUGCUAGUAUUGGAUGAAGAUAUGGCCUGGCUCUUCAUUGGACAGCUGCAUGCAAAUACUAUAGUGAAUGACACCAUCCUCAACUUAAGAAGCUUUUCCCACUCAGGGAGGCUUUUGAUUGUUGUUUUUUAAAAAGAGGAGUGAUCUACAGUGCAUCACAAUGCUGCUGUUGAAAAUUGAAGGGGAGGGUAUAUCCAGAAGUAGCAGUUGUUUGGUAAAGGGAGAAGCUAAUAAAUACAGAGACUGGCCAUGGUUCAUGCACAGUCUGGACUGUGACCCACUCCCACAAUCAAGAGAUACAUCAGUUUCUACCAUUGAAAGCCAAUGAGCUGUAUUCCUAGCAGACUUGAAGUCUCUCCAGCUUUUAAAAUCAUAACACAACUUAUCUGAGUGACACUGACGCAGCUAAACCAUUCAGUCAGUCAAGCUGUGUAAAAAAAACAAAAGCAAAGCUUGAGCCGUGAUUGUUUGGUAGGAGGAUGGUGAGCCAUCCCGAGGGUGAACUCCAUGCACAUUGUGUCUGAACUGAGGUCCAAAUAAUGUGAACUCUGCUGAGGAUUCUACUUGAUGGAUCAGCUUUUGGAGGCCAGGUAGCACUUUGCUUUCCUUAGAAAGUGUAGAUUUUUAUAUUUGAGUAGGACAGCAUAUUUUUCAUAAUCCUAAUUGUCAUCAGUUCACAUAACUAUGCAAGACUACCAUCGUGUGUGUGUGUGUGUGUGUGUGCCUUUUGCUUUUGGAUCAUUCUCUUGUUUCAUGACCAUUAUGCAGCAGGGAUGACACGGCGUUGGUACAACCAUCACACUUGCUCUCCUUCCCUCUGAACUAGUGAUUUCUUACAGGCACCCGCUACCUUUUCCAAUCAGAAAAAACUGCCUUGUCUAUUCCAGUGCCAGCUGAAUGAGCUCUAUACAAGUACUUGAACAAAAAAAAGUUUGAAUUCACAGUAUAUCUCUAAAGAUAUAGUAUAUCUCUAAAGAUCCCCUUCGGGGAUCGGGCGGUAUACAAAUUAAAUAAAUAAAUAAUAAUACAUUUAAAUCGAUGGCACAGCCCACACGGCAGGAGAACUGAGGGGUGUGUGUGUGUUUGGGGUCUUAAGGGAAGUGACUAGAAUGUUUGAUAGGCUGAUCCUGCUGAAUUGACCUAUCCCACUUGCCUCUUCAAGACAUUCCCUGGCAAGAUCAGAGGCUGUUUGCAGUGUGGCCAUUUAGUUCAGUGAAGGCCCACUGGAGUACAAAGGACAUGAGUGGUGCGCUAUGAUGCAACUAGGCUCAACUGAGUAUAUUUGCUCCUGUUAUUGAGCUGCCAGGGCAAUGAACCAAGCAGCAGUUUCAUGUAUUAUCUCAGAGGUAUCCAGAGAAUUCAUCAUUAAACUGGGAAACCAGUUUAAAACUACCCUGUUUCAUAACAGUGUGCAUGUUCAAACAGGGAAGACAUCUUUGGAUACAGAGGUCAUGCCGCUGUAAAGUGGAACUUGCAUUGCGGUCAACUUCUAAGUUGUAUAAGUCUACCUACUGCCUUAUUGCUUUCUUUAGAGAAUGAAAAAACAAAUAGGAAAGACUGGUGUAGGAAGAAGUGGAAUAACUGGAGCCCUAGCAUUACAAAAUCUAAAGAUGGGAAUUUUUUUAAAAUUCUGAGCUUAAACUGUUAAUAGACCAGUACAUUAGCCAUACCAAAUGUGAGAUUUUUCUUACAGAUGCAGGAUAGAACUGUAAUGCUUACAAAGUCCUUAUAAUCAGCUAGUAUAUGUGUGUUUGUGUGUAUUUGAAACACACACGGCACAUGUACUUCAGAAUAUCUUAAGAAUAAAUUUAGAAUAAUAUAAGCAGCCCUGGAACUUGGGGACAGAUGUCAAAGGAGAAUGAGGAGGUUUUAACAGUACACUUGCUUUUUUCUAGAUAAAUGAUUUUUUGUUUGUUUAAUGAAAAUGGAGAAGUUGACUUUUGUAGCUAGAUCUGUUCAUCUUCCCCAGCCCACAAAAUCCAUUCCUGUUAAGAAUGGCAAAGUAAACAAUGUUUGUAUUUGCUCAUAUUUUAUGAAUAAACAGCCCAAGUUGACUUAG